AUGGAUCAACAGGACAACAACGCACUACCUAGCGAACAAAAUGCUACCGCUAGCCAACCACCACCCGACUGGUUUACAGAAAUCCAGCAGUUACGCCAGCAAAUCGCUACGGUAAUGCAGUACCAAGCGUCCCGGGAGGCGCAGCCCGGUACUACGUCGGGAUCGGUACGGACCCCCUCAACUGUCAAUGGCCCAGCAAUACUUCCCCAAGUCCGACGUAAACCAAUACCAACAGGGGCACCAUACGAUGGAGAUAAGACUACGUUUACAGCCUGGAAGAUACUUAUGGCCCACAAGCUAGUUACCGACCGCAAGUUCAUCGGUACCGACAAGGACCAGUGGAUGUUCGUCUGGCAGUGCUUAGCGCCCAAGAUUCAGUCCCGCGUUACAGCCUUCUUCGAAGCAGGGCCGUCGUACCAGUACAACCCGUUACAAUUCUUGGCUUACCUCGAAUCCGUUUUCGCCGACCCUCAUCGGAUGGAGAUAGCGCAGACCGAGCUCGAACAACUAGAGCAAGCAAGCAAUGAGGCAUUUACCUCAUUCUACGUGCGCUUCGAACAAAAGCUGGCGUUGGCUGGGGGAAUGAAUUGGCCCGACGAAAUUAAACUCGUCAAGCUGCGUCGCGCGCUUAAUAAGACCAUGCGGGAUAGCAGUAUUGGGCGCAAUAUCCCACGAGACAGUUACGAGGCGGCCGUUAACAUUUACCGUAGCAUUGCGGUAGACAUUGAAUCGUACCGCUUGGAGGAGAAAUACCGGAACCGCUACGGCCGCGCAACAGCCCCGACAAAACCCAUAACGGACGAGGACGGUGACGCACGGAUGACGGGCAUCAACGCAGCAACUGUAGGGCGCCGUCGCCCAGCAACCCAAGGAACAAGGACCAGCCCAGGGCAGUCGUCAAGCCAGCGUGCAACUUGGGUCCCCCGCAGUACAAUUGACGCGCGCAAGGAGGAGGGCGCUUGUUUACGCUGCGGAUCCAAGCAGCACUUUAUUAAAGACUGCGAAAUGCGGCCUGCGGCGCGACCGGUACAAAAUCUAUCCAUUCAUCGGGUAAAUACAGAGAGGGAGAACGCACAGGAGGAAUCCUUAGACCAGUUCUCGGAAAACGAAGCGCCCCCGAGCUAA